AUGUUUGACCAACUCCCCCGUUCCGCCUCCAGAACUCUUAGGUCUAACCCCCCAAGCUUUCCUUUGGUCCCCAUUUUGACUGUUGAAGCCACUCCUCCAGUUCUUCCUUUGGGGUCAUACUUGAAGGUUACUCCUUUUGGAGACAAGAUGCUAACUCCUCCCGAGGCUAUGGAACCUCGUUCCGAGGAGACAGUAGAACUGAUUUCUUCUAACGUUCUUGUCCCUUCAUCAGUAUUGGAACUGACCCCCGAGCCGGUUCCCCCAGUAAUCGCAAAAGUUACCUCCUCUCCUCCAAUCUUUCAGGAGUGCCCAAUCCCUCAAGUCAAGACGACUCCACUGUUACAGGAAGAUGUUGUUAUGGUGGAGGCCAAUUCUUCAUCCGCUUCCCCUUCAUCUGGGAACAGUUCUCCCUACUUUGGUGCUGCUCAGGGUGAGAGUUUGACUCAGAAUGUGGAACAACCAAGCUCUCCACCUGUUGUUCCCCAAACUUUCCAAGUCGAAGUUCCUCUCCAACGUGAGGAGGAACUUGGCCUGCCUUCCAUACCCAUUGAAGUUAUUCUACUAUUGGUAUGCUUAGAACCCUCCUUUUCUUUUAGGAAAAAAAAUUUGCAGGAGCCCGGGCCAGGUUUCAAGGAGCUUCAGGCCAAAUAUUUUGAGCCGCAAGCUUGA